AUGUUGAUACAUCAUCGUCGACAACGAUGGUUAUUCUUUGUUUUGAUAUUUGGAUGUAUUCUAUUAAUAUAUAAAUAUAAUCAAAUAAGAAAAUAUUAUUUUACUGAUGAACAUCGUAUAUUUACUUCAUUACUUAUUGAAUUACCAAAGAUUGAACGUUUAAUACGUGUGAAACAAACAAAUUUAACUUUAAUACAAAAUCGUUUAAAUAAAGUUGAAAAAUAUUUAACAAAAUAUACAUGGCAUUUAAAUCGUUUAAUUAAAACAAUUGAUUAUAAUAAUAAAGAAGAAGAAGAAAAGAAAAUUUUUCAUUUUAAUUCAUUUGAUUUGGAUUUAGAAAAAAAUAUUCAUAAAAAUCAUACAAAAUUUCUUGUUUGUUUUCAUUUAUUAAAAAGUUCAAAUGAUGAUAUUGAUUAUCAGAUAUUAAAUGAAUUUCAUUCAAAAAUUUCAAUAAUUAACAGUCCUUAUAUAACAUUAAAUAAAAGUGAAGCUUAUUUAAAUAUUAUUUAUUUACCAAUAAGAUCAUAUCAACGAAAUAUUUGUUAUAAAGAUUUAAUUGAUGAAAAAUAUUUUGUUUUAUAUGAAUUUUUAAAUUCUAUUAAUGAAGAUAUUGAUGAAAAAUGUUUUCAUGGAAAUUUUCUUCCUGUCAAAUUUUUUACUCAAUUUAAUACAAAUCAAACAUAUGUUAAUAAUGAUCGUUGGCGUUUCAAUGAUGAAAAAAAAUCAUCCAUUGGUAUUAUUUAUUUAAAUACAACUUCUUUAUUAACAUCAACUGAAAAAAUAUAUAAUGGAUGUAAUGUUGAAAAUGCUUCAUAUCCAUUAUCAACUUGUGCUGAACGUACAACCAUUGUUAAAGCUGUAUCUGAAGGUGAACAAUCUUUUCAAACAAUUGCAACUACAUGGGAUGUUGAAUUAGGUUUUAUUGGUCCAUAUGGUUCAUGUCGACAAACAUUAGCUGAAUUUGGUCUUGGUUUCGAUGUUUAUCUUAUAAAUACAAAAAAUGAAUAA